AUGAAGCCAAUUCAUUACCUUUUGAUUUAUGUCUUUGAAGGAGAAGGGAAAAAAGUAACUGCUGAGAAGAAACUGGUUCCUGAAAUUAAAAAGAAAGAAGUGGAAGAAGAAAGAAAGAUAAUCCAUAAGAAGAAAGAUGUUUCUGACAUUCAGGCAAAAGGGAAAAAGGAGGGGAAAAAGAAAACUCCUGAGAGGACAACACUCUCUGUAGUUAAAAAAGCAGAUACAAAAGAAGCUGUUUUCAUCAAAGACCUAAAAAAGCCAGCAAAAGCUCCUGUCUCCCCCCAGCCAGUUUCCAUAAAAGUGGUAACACCAGAACCACACAAGAAAGAAAAGCCAAUAGAAAUAGACUGGCCAAAGAAGGAUGCACAUGUAAAAGAAUCUGCCAAAGUGCCAAAGAAAGAUGUCCAUGUAAAGGAAUCUGAAGCAGACAAGAAAGAAAAGCCAAGAGAAAUAGCCAAGCUGCCAAAGAAGGCUGUGCAUGCAAACAAAACUGAAACACACAAGAAAGAAAAGCCAAUAGAAAUCGCCAAGCUGGCAAAGAAGGCUGUGCAUGCAAACAAAACUGAAACACACAAGAAAGAAAAGCCAAUAGAAAUAGCCAAGCUGCCAAAGAAGGCUGUGCAUGCAAACAAAACUGAACCACACAAGAAAAAAAAGCCAAUAGAAAUAGCCAAACUGCCAAAGAAGGAUAUCCAUGUAAAAGAAUCUGAAUCUCACAAGAAAGAAAAGCCUAGAGAAAUUGCCAAGCUGCCAAAGAAGGAAAUCCAUGUAAAAGAAUCUGAACCACACAAGAAAGAAAAGCCAAGAGAAAUAACCAAACUGCCAAAGAAAGAUGUGUAUGUAAACAAAACUGAACCACACAAGAAAGAAAAGCCAAUCAAAACAGCCAAACUGCCAAAGAAGGACGUGCAUGUAAACAGAACCGAACCACACAAGAAAGAAAAGCCAAAAGAAAUAAUCAAACUGCCAAAGAAAGAUGUGUAUGUAAACAAAACUGAACCACACAAGAAAGAAAAGCCUAGAGAAAUUGUCAACCUUCCAAAAAAGGAUAUUCACAUAAAGGCAUCUGAACCACAUAAGAAAGAAAAGCCAAUAGACAUAGCCAAAGUGCCAAAGAAAGAUGUCCAUGUAAAGGAAUCUGAAGCAGAGAAGAAAGAAAAGCCAAGAGAAAUAGCCAAGCUGCCAAAGAAGGCUGUGCAUGCAAACAAAACUGAAACACACAAGAAAGAAAAACCAAUAGAAAUAGCCAAGCUGCCAAAGAAGGAUAUUCAUGUAAAAGAAUCUGAAUCAGACAAGAAAGAAAAGUCAACACAAAUCACCAAGCAGCCUAAGAAGGAUGUGCAUAUAAAAGAAUCUGAACUACACAAGAAAGAAAAGCAAAUAGAAACAGCCAAAGUGCCAACGAAGGAUGUGCAUGUAAAUAAAACCGCAUUACAUGAAAAGAAAGAAGAGAGACCUAGGAAGGCAGUGGAACAAGAUAAAUCAAACUCCAAAGAAUCAAGUAAGGUGUGUGACAAGCCUGAGAAAGAAAAAUUAAUGAAGACCACACAGACCCAGAAGAGAAAGGAUAUCUCAAAAGAAAAAGAGAAACCUCCUAUUGCUGUCAAAGGAAAAGAGGCAGAAAAAUCAAAGGAUGCAAAGCUUCCCAUUGCCAAGAAACAGGGAGAACGUGACAUUAAAAAAAGAGCAAGUCCAGCUAAAACAGGUAACUGACUAUUUCUAAGUAACUUGUGUUAGAA